AUAUGACGAAGCAACUGCACCAUAAUUGUACAGCAGUGAGCAGACAUCACAAGGAACAAGCAGUCAUGGAUCAGAGCAAGUCUAUGUUGAUGGACACACCACCUGUGUAUUCUGAGCUGCUGCCUGUGCCCAGGAUACCAUGCCUUGGUGGCCUUAAGAAGCUCCUCUGUGUGGUGCUGGUUGUGGUGCUCCUGGUCAUAGUCCUCCUUGCUGUCCUCUUGAUGGGCCUUCAUAUGAGCCAAAAACAUACUGAAACAAUUUUCCAGAUGUCUCUGCACGAUGGAGCAAGUUCCAAAGAGAAACCUGCUGAAGGUGUGGCGACCUUCCACCUGGACACUGGAAUCAAUACUUCAGCCAGUGUUAUCUAUGAUUAUAGCAAGAUGUUGAUCUGCACACGCCCACGUCCCGGACAUGCAUGUUACAUUACACGUAUGGAAGCAGAACGCAUACAGAGUCUUCAAAACAUUGCUGAGAAUGUGCUGAGCAAGAUUGGUUUGGAUACUGCCAGACAGAAUGAACCCGCUAAGCUGGAGAGUGAUCCUUCAGUCUUGGGCACUACCAUCCGUGUGUUGUGUGGGGACCUGCCAGUCUACUGGGCCUAAUAGAUUCUUCCAUCCUCAUGUGAAUCUAGGCACCGUCAAUAUUAUAUCAAUGUAUACAUUAAUAUUACCUAUACACAGCUUCCCUACAUGUCGCUUUUAUUGAAUGGAACAUAUGUGAGAAAUGGAAAGGAAAACUGGAGGUGUUGACAGUGGCAACCAGUCAAACGUUAGCUUUCAUUGCCUAAGAUGCUUUAGAAAAUUGGUUUAUGGACAACAUUGGCACUUUAUGUGCCUCCAAUUUUCAAAUUUUGUAGAAAGUUAAUGAUAAAUGUAUAGAUUUUACAGUUUGCCAGUUUGUUAUUCUAUAUGCUGUAUGACAAUUCUGCCCAUCAAACAACAUUACCUAUGUGUAUGUACACAAUGUGCAACUUCUGCAACUGCCAUGUCUAAGUGCCAUGGGAUGAUUUGCCUUGUUAGUUAUACUGAAUGUGUAUAACAUCUGCCAUGAUCCUCUACUCCAUUUACACUUUACACACUCAGUUUACACUAAUCCAAACAUAUACACUUGACUCCACAUACCUCCUAAAUGUCCCUAUUUCAGGUGAGACAGUCUUGGUUUUAAUUUCCGCAAGUGCAUGUGCUAUUGUCUAAAUACAGUCAGAGUA